AUGGCAGAGGCGAUUAAGUGGCAUAACGCGGCCAUUCAGGAUGAGCUCGUGCCCAAGAAGAGCUUGUCGGAGUUUAAGCUCCCGGAGGGGGCAAAGGAGCUUGUCUUCAUGGCGAAGCUUACGGAGGAGGCGGAGCGCUACGACGAAAUGGUGCUCUGCAUGCGCAAACUGGUCAAGCUGAACAGCGAGCUGGACACGGAGGAGCGCAACCUCCUCUCCAUGGCGUACAAAAACGUCAUUGGCUCGCGCCGCAACGCCUGGCGCAUUAUCACUUCCAUCGAGAGCCGCGAAGGGGCGCGAGAGAAGAGCGAGAACCUGCAUCUCAUCACGGCACUCCGGCGCGAGUUUGAGGCGGAGCUCGCGGCGAUCUGCGACGACCUGCUUGCGCUGCUCGACACCUACCUUAUCCCCACCCCACAGGGCGGCGAGGUGAAGGUCUUCUACCUCAAGAUGAAGGGCGACUACCACCGCUACUACGCCGAGAUUGCGCCGGAGGCGGGGCAGCGGCAGGCCGCCCUCGACGCCUAUGCGAAGGCGACGGAGGUGGCAAACUCGUCCCUUGCCCCGACUCACCCGAUUCGCCUCGGCCUCGCGCUCAACUUCUCCGUCUUUUACUACGAGAUCAUGAAGGAGCACGAGAAGGGUUUCCAGCUGGCGCGGCAGGCCUACGACGAGGCCGUUACGGAGCUCGAGACUCUCGACGACGAGGCGUACCGUGAGUCGAACCUCAUUGUGCGACUGCUGCGCGACAACCUCAAUCUCUGGACGGAUGAGCAGCCGGCGAGCUGA